UGGGUCGUAAAUACUAAAUAGUAAUUUGCAAUCAAAUUUGUUUUUUUUUUUAAACAUUGCAGACUGCAAAAUAUAGCGUAGGUGAGGUGACUGGUGAGUCGGGCGCCGGAUGACAAGUUUCCCCGUUUCAAACACCGCCCGCGCUAAGAGAAAGAACGCCUAUGUUAUGACCGACGACGACAAGUUGCGGUUUUGAGUAGCCACCGUAGAGCAUUCACAAUGUUGCACGAGCUCCUGCUGGCUCUUUUAGGCUACACCGGCGAUCUCGUCGUUGACGAAAGAGAGCAGCAGACUUCUCUCGGUGUUAAUUUCUCGCCGGACGCUCCCAUCUCCGACAACCGCUCCUUCAAGCUUGCUCCCGACCUUUCCUUCCUUCAGCCUUCCGAUAGGGAUCUUGUCGAAAGGAUCAUCGCAUUGGGUUUCUAUUAUAGAGAGCUUGAUCGCUUCGCUUCCCAGUCUCGAAACUUGAGCUGUAUAAGGUCUCCGUACGUGUCACCGUUGGAGACUGAAAGGCAACCCAGCGUUUACCGAAGAGCCAUAGCUAAUGGGGUUGUGGAAAUACUCUCCCUUUACCGGUCUGCCGUACUUCACAUUGAGCAGAAGUUGUUGUCCGAGACCCUACCCAUCCUGGCUACAGUCACGCAAGGGCUCAACAAGUUUUUUGUCAUUUUGCCACCUUUAUAUGAGCUGGUUUUAGAGAUUGAACGUGAAGACUUUCGAGGAGGACAUCUACUUAGCCUCUUACAUAAGCGAUGCCAUUGUGGGGUUCCUGAAUUACAGACUUGCGUUCAAAGGCUUCUUUGGCAUGGCCAUCAAGUCAUGUAUAACCAACUUGCUUCAUGGAUGGUUUAUGGAAUCCUUCAAGACCACCACAGUGAAUUUUUCAUCAGAAGGCUGGAAAAGGAGGAAAAUCACAGUGUCUCUGAUCAUGAAAUAUCAGAUAGACUAGCACGUUUAUCAACAGAUGAUGCAUCUUUAACUGAUUGGCACUCUGGAUUCGAUACUUGUCUGGAUAUGCUACCCUCUUAUAUUCCUACCAGUGUUGCUGAUUCAAUUCUGUUUGCUGGCAAAGCCAUUCGCAUUCUGCGGAAUCCAAGUCCUGGGUUCCAAUUGAAGGAUCCAUUAGAUAACCAACAGGUAAAAAGGGGUGCUCAAAAGGUUCAGGGGUUUGUGGGGCGAUUUUCGAUUCAGAAGGACCCCUUUGUGAGUACAAGCCUUAUUGGAAAGGAAUUGCUUCCGCACUCUGAGGCUGAUAAGAUUGAACUCAUGCUCAAGGACUUAAAGGAUUCCUCAGAAUUUCACAAAAGAUCGUUUGAGAGUGCUGUUGGAUCCAUUCGAGCAAUAGCGGCUAGUCAUCUCUGGCAGCUUGUGGUUGUACGUGCGGACUUGAAUGGCCACCUGAAGGCUCUUAAGGACUAUUUCCUCCUUGCCAAAGGAGACUUCUUCCAGUGUUUUCUUGAGGAGGGCCGGCAUUUGAUGCGUUUACCACCUCGGCAGUCAACUGCUGAAGCUGAUCUUAUGGUUCCAUUUCAGCUUGCUUCAAUGAAAACAAUCGGGGAGGAAGACAAAUACUUUUCUCGAGUAUCCUUGCGGUCAGAUCUGUACAUUUUAGUCUAUCAGUAUAGGAUGGUUUCAUUUGGAACUUCAACGAAAUCCUAUAUUGGUGCAAACCCUAGCUCUGGGUUACCAACAAAUUCGUCUGAGAUGUCACUUGAUGGAUGGGAUGGCAUUGCUCUUGAAUAUGCAGUUAAUUGGCCUUUGCAGUUGUUCUUUACCCAAGAAGUACUGUCCGAUUACCUUAAGAUCUUCCAGUACUUAUUGAGGCUCAAGAGGACACAGAUGGAACUGGAUAAAUCAUGGGCUUUGGGCAUGCAUCAAGAUCAUAAACGCUUUGCCAGACGUUGCAACAACAGUGCGGGGGGUUCAUUGUCUCAGCAGCGACAGCAGCGAGUUAGGCCUCUGUGGCGUGUGAGAGAGCAUAUGGCAUUUUUGAUUCGGAAUCUUCAGUUUUAUAUCCAGGUGGACGUGAUAGAAUCUCAAUGGAAUAUUUUGCAAGCUCAUAUUCAAGAUUCUCAAGACUUCACUGAACUUGUCGGCUUCCAUCAAGCGUAUUUAUCGGCUUUGAUUUCACAGUCAUUUGUAGACAUUGGCUCUUUAUCAAGGAUACUAGACGGCAUAAUGAAGCUUUGCAUGCAAUUCUGUUGGAGCCUGGAGAAGCAAGAGAGCAAUCCAAAUACCAGUGAACUGGAACGUAUAACUGAGGAAUUCAACAAGAAAUCAAAUGCCUUGUACACCAUAUUGCGCAGUAGCAGAAUAGCAGGGAGUCAACGAGCCCCAUAUCUCAGACGGUUUCUCAUGCGUCUUAACUUCAAUUUAUUUUUCGAGACGACUGCAAGAGGCGUUCUUAAUAUUGUUAGGGCGAGCCCUGAAGUCACUUGAGAUUGAGCAGCAACUCGAGUUUCUGAUUCAUUCCUUGGGGGUGACCUCCCCUACCUGGACAGAGGUUUUUAUGUCUACUCUCACAUUGUGCCUCCCACCUAAGAAUGGCUUUGUCUGAUUCAUGUAGAGGGGGUUACGUUAUCUGCCGGGUUUUUGUGAUUCGAGUUUGAUUGGGUUGUGUGCUUGUGGCUGGCCUUCCUGUAUUUAGACCUUAAUCCUUACAAUUGGGUGCCGUUUGCUGAUAGAUAUACAUGGAUCUGUCUGAUUGUCUUGUAGGUUUUUUGUUCACAUGUUCUGUUAUGGGUUUUUUAGUAAAUAGAGAUCGUGUCGACCGUAAUGUAGGGAUGGCAAUGGGUUAAGAACAGGGUGGGUACCUCAAUAUCCAUGCCCGCCUUGCCCAUUUGCUUUAAAACUCGUCUCACCCCAAAACCUGCCAUGGAUUUUCCUUCUUCGACCCUUUUAUGAUUGUAGUUUCCAGUCAUCCUAACUAGCUAUAACAUUAACCACAAC